UUUCUCUCUCUCCACCACCUCUGCAUGCUCUCAAUUAUUUCCAGAGUUCUUAAACACUACUUGUGAUUGAUUAUCUGUUUUCAUCAGAUUAGAGAAGAAAGAAGAAGGAUUAAUCAAAUAUGUCAUCAAGUUCUGCUGCAUCCAAAUCUUUCCAUAGGUCUGACAGAAACCACAUUCCUCAUGGCCAUUCAUUAUCUUCUUCUUCAUCUUCUUCCUUAUCGAAGAGCGUUGACGGAACCCUAUCUGUUCGGAACAAGUCCAUGGCUCCUCCCCCUCGACGCUCCGCCACUCCUAAUCCCCGCCCUCGCUCUCGCGACGAUGACGGCGCAGAACCUGCAAGAGUGAGGGUUGCUAUAAGAGUUAGACCGAAAACUUCGGAGGAGGAAGCUGAUUUUACGGAUUGUGUUGAGUUGCAACCUGAGCUGAAGAGACUGAAGUUGAUAAAGAAUAAUUGGAAUUCUGAAUCUUAUAGAUUCGACGAACUAUUUUCCGAGACUGCUUCACAGAGGCGUGUUUAUGAAGUGGUUGCGAAACCGGUCGUUGAGAGUGUGUUGAAUGGAUUUAAUGGGACCGUUAUGGCCUACGGUCAAACAGGUACAGGCAAAACUUACACAAUUGGUAGAUUGGGAAAAGAGGAUGUAUCUGAACGUGGUAUUAUUGUUAGAGCACUGGAAGAUAUAAUUGCCAGUACAUCUGGUUCAUCUGACAUCGUUGAAGUAUCUUAUUUGCAGUUAUAUCUGGAAUCUGUACAAGAUUUGCUUGCUCCAGAGAGGACUAACAUCCCCAUUGUUGAAGACCACAAGACUGGGGAAGUGACUUUGCCAGGUGCUUCAGUAGUUAAAAUUCAGGAUGUUGAUCAUUUUCUUCAAGUUCUUCAAUUAGGGGAAUCAAACCGUCAAGUUGCAAAUACAAGAAUGAAUACAGAGUCUUCUCGCAGUCAUGCAAUCUUUAUGAUUUAUGUUCGUCGAUCUAUCCAUGAGAAAGAGGAAAAUCAUUCUGUUUCUGGAGAAAAGAGACAUACAGACCUAAUGGGUGAACAUGGCAUACCAACAGUUCAUAAAAGUAAGAUGCUGAUUGUGGAUCUUGCUGGCUCUGAGAGACUGAACAAAUCAGGCAGUGAAGGUCACUUAGUUGAAGAAACUAAAUUUAUCAAUCUUUCUCUUACAUCCCUUGGAAAGUGUAUUAAUGCAUUGGCCGAAAAUAGUCCGCACAUACCAACUAGAGAUUCCAAAUUGACGAGACUUCUUCGCGAUUCAUUUGGAGGCUCAGCAAGGACCUCACUUAUAGUAACAAUCAGUCCAUCUUCUCGACAUCUUGCAGAAACUACAAGCACCAUAAUGUUUGGGCAACGGACUAUGAAAGUAAUGAACAUGGUAAAGCUUAAGGAAGAGUUUGAUUAUGAAAGUUAUUGUCGGAAACUGGGGAAUGAGAUGGAGCAUCUAACUGCUGAGGUGGAUAGACAACAAAAAGCAAGGGACAAUAUGAAAAUUGAAAUGGAGAUAAAGUUGAAAGAGUGUCAGAAAUUCUAUUCUGACACAGAGAGGAGUUUGAUUAUGAGGUCCGAGUUUCUAGAGAAGGAGAAUGCUCUUUUGGAAACUGAGAUGAAGGCUAUAGUGAAUGAACUAAUUCAUGUCAAGGAUCAUAAUGUUUUUAUGCACAAUGAAGUUGAUCGCUUGGAAACUAGUCUAAAUCAAAGCAAGCAGCAAGAACUUGAGCAUUUGGCAUAUCAGCAAGUACUUGCAGACACCAUCCAAAUGUAUGAGACGAAGAUAUCAGAUUUAAUGAACCAACUAAGUGGUGAGUGUACCCGCUCUGAAUGUUCUGAAGCACAACUUGAUGUAAUGAAGAAGCAAGAAUAUGAUCAUCAAAGGUCAAUGCAGAACUAUCAGGUGGAAAUUUCUUCAUAUCAGAAAGCCCUUGCUGAUACCACUCAAUUGUAUGAGAAGAAAAUAAAAGAUUUAGAGCACCAGCUAAAUGAUAUGCAUGCACAAUGUGGAGGAAUGGAUAAAGAGAUUGAUAUAGCAGAGACACAUUUGCAUGAACAACAAAACUCAAUGCAGCUUCAAAGGCAAGAAGAGUUUGAUGAGCUAAAGGUGAAGUUACAAGAAAUUCACGGGCUGCACGAAAUGACCAUUGAUGAGCUUGAAUCUCUACGGCAUGAAUAUAAUGCACUAUUAGUAGAAAAGGCCUCGCUUAAAGAUGAUAUAUGUGGGAUGAAGCACGACCUUCAAGUAGAAGAAAGCAAAAGGAAAGCUGUUGAGACUGAACUGCUCAAGUUUAAGAAACUUGUACCUGGAACUGAUGAUGACUUUGAGGACAAGAUAUUGGACAUGAACGAAAAUUCAUCUAAGCCCCUUGGUUUACACAAAUCAAAGCAAUCAAGAGAGAUAAUUUUUGGUCAAAGGGCAACCAUUGCAAAACUGUGUGAAGAAGUUGGCCUGGAGAAGAUACUACAUUUGCUGUCAUCUUGUGAUCUAGAUGUUCAAAUUCAUGCAGUGAAAAUGGUGGCCAAUCUUGCUGCUGAAGACGAUAAUCAGGAAAAGAUUGUAGCUGAAGGCGGUCUAGAUGCACUGCUUAUGCUGUUGCAAACAUCCGAAAAUACAACCAUAUUAAGGGUGGCCUCUGGUGCAGUUGCCAAUUUGGCUAUGAAUGAGAUGAAUCAAAACCUAAUAAUGAGUAAAGGUGGUGGUCCAUUGUUGGCAAUGACCAGUUCCAAAACAAAUGAUCCACAAACUCUAAGAAUGGUUGCUGGAGCAAUUGCAAACCUUUGCGGAAAUGAGAAGUUACAUGUGAAACUCGUUGAAGAUGGAACUAUUAAAUCGCUCCUGGGAAUGGUUAGAUCUGGGAACAAUGAUGUCAUUGCUCAAGUUGCAAGAGGAUUAGCCAACUUUUCAAAAUGUGAAUCACGUGGGAUUAUUAAAGGACAUAGAAAGGGACGUUCACUUCUGAUGGGUGAUGGAGCUCUCACAUGGCUAAUUGCCAAUAAUACUACUACUUCCACUGUCCCGGCUCCUACUCGACGCCAUAUUGAACUUGCUCUCUGCCAUUUAGCGCAAAACGAGGACAAUGCCAAAGACUUUAUAUACAGCGGAGGUGUUAAAGAGCUGGAGCGGAUCUCCAACGAGUCAACUAGAGAAGAUAUCCGGAGCCUAGCAAAGAAAACACUGAACAUGAGUCCAGUAUUCAAAGUUCAAAUUUUGCGGGCAUCAUAGUGUCUGAUCACUUCAUAUCAAAGGAAUUCAUUUUAUUGAUCAGAAGAAGCCUAUUUAUUAGCUGCGAUAUAAAGUUUAACUGAGAUUUUCAGUUGUAAAGUUCUUCAAUCCCUCUGGGGAUGUUAUUGUCUGUGAAUAUCCUUUUAAGGGUCUUAUUCUUAUUGUAAAUUUAUACCCCCUGACGACAAAUUUAUACUCUCUUUAUCCUAAAAAUAAUGUACAAUAUUACAUACACAUUGUUAAUUUAAUUGGAUGUUUAUCUAAAUUUAA